ACUUUGUGUCUCUUCACUCGCCCUAGACAACUGCAGGUGUAGCCUUGAUAAGUCAUGGGCAAACAGAGAUGUUUGUUAAAGCCAUUGAUCUGAACACGGCCGGUCCUGUUCAAUUAUUGGCGAGCCCUGAAGGAGACGCGAAUGAAAACUUGUUGUCGGCUCUUUGUGUAAACAGUGUCACCAAUGGCUAGGGUGAAGCAGGGUCACAUGGUGCCAGUGACACACCUACUGGAGGCCCUAAAGUGGCGCCAGUGGUGCUGGUACAGCAGAGGAGUCUCACGCACAGGGACAGCACGCUGUUCCCACACUGUACUCCACAGGCAUGAAUCGGGAAGAACAUUUCUACUCAGCUAGUCAACUUUACAAGGACUCCUGUGCCUAUCAGAGGCAACACAAUGAGGAGUACAGCCCAAGCCCGCCACCGUGCCUUUACAUGACCAGGCAGAACCAAUCCGUUUAUGCUUCUCCUACCGUAGGCACCCAGGACCAACUCAGCCAUCUUCCUGAUAUCACGACUUAUGUACCAGGACGAGAAGACCUGCCAGUGCCUCACCUGCACCACUCGCAAGUCCAACAGCUCCCUCUUCAAACUUUCACGGGUUAUGGAGACUCUCUGGACCUGUGCUCAGAACGAAACAGAUGCCAUCUUCCUUUCCCUUGGAUGAAAUCGACAAAAUCUCACACACAUGCUUGGAAAGGACAAUGGACAGGUCCGUACACGGCGGAGCCCGAGGAGAGCAAGCGAACGCGCACGGCCUACACGCGCGCGCAGCUGCUCGAGCUGGAAAAGGAGUUCCUUUUCAACAAGUACAUCUCGAGGCCUCGGCGCGUGGAGCUCGCGCUCACGCUCAGCCUCACCGAGCGCCACAUCAAGAUCUGGUUCCAGAACCGGCGCAUGAAGUGGAAGAAGGAGGAGGACAAGCGGAGGGCACGCGGCACGGACCCCGAGCAAGACUCCUCCGUUACCUCCGGCGACCACAGAGACGAUGCGUGUAGCACGCAGGCGGCACCGCUUUCACCUUCACCGUCACACACCGCGCCUUCCGUUCCGCGAGACCCCGCAUAAGGCACUGAAGCAGUGCUGACAUUCAGGAUCCUGUUUAAAAAGACUCUUGAACUCAAAAACUUUGUAAGUUUGUACAUUAAAGCUAUAGGCGACGUCAUCACCAGUGCAUGGUCCAGAUUUAGUGGAGAGGAGGGUGAACACUGUUAAAGUGGGAUACGUUUAAAAUAGCACGUUUUCCUCCCCUUGUCACUUCAUAGCACACCUUUAUAUAUAUGUUUGUGUGUGUGUGUGUGUGUGCGUGCGUGCGUGCGUGUGUGUGUGUGUGUGUGUGUAUGUGCGUGCGUGGAUAUAUAUAUAUAUACACACACAGACCACUACAAACCCACAGUAGUGCUGCUUACAGCCUCUUUUUAAGAUCUGUUAGGUCAGAUGCUGUUACAGUACUUUACCUGUUGUCUUUAAAUAAAAGGAAAUACAGAGGCUAAUCAUCUAAUGAACAUAUUUUAUUGUAUUUAUUUGGCUUGUAAUAUAUAUGCAUACUGUAUAUGUGUAUAUGUACAUAUAUAUCUUCUUAUACAAUCUAGGUGUGAUACUUUUUUGGAAAACUUGAAAUUUACACUGAAAAAACCUCUUUAAUCCAUAAAGCAUCAGCUCAACCCAUCACUGAAGCAAAUACAGACGAAGAUACAGAGGAUCGAGCUUAAGUGUCCCACUUGACCAAUAUUCACCCUACAUUAAAAAGUACUCCACUUGAGACGACUAAUUAUUUAAACACAUAACCACGUAAAGCUUAAAUUCUUUGUCGUAAAACAAUGUGCAGAUUUCCCUCCUGCUGAAAGGUCAAACCAGCAACCUGUUGCCAAAACACAAGCCAAACUGUUCAUACCAGGAGACCAUAUUUUCCAUCUGAUGAGUUCUUUUCUAACUUCACUAAACUGAUCAAUAUUUGUCUGAAAUGUUCUAAUUGUGUUUUUUUUUAUUUAUUUAUCUGGUAUCUGUGGUCCAUCAGUUUCAAUGCCUGGGCCUGUGUUUUGGUAGCUGCAGCUAAACUAAGCUGGACAUUUCAGGGCAGGAAUAAAGAGGUUGAAUAUGUCAUGAAUAUUGUAUUUUAUAUUUUGGUAAAGUAUAAAGUUUUAUAUAAAUUUCCCACAAAUAAGAUUCCCACAAACCUUGAAAUGUUCUUUUAACUUUUUUGUUAUCUUCUUUGUGUUUAUAUAAAACAAACCCCUAGACAGAAAGAAAUUUGAAUGAACUACAGCAUAAAAAUAUUAAUCAAAUAAAAAAAAUUAAAUAUAAAAACAAAAAGAAUUCCUUUUGGUUACUGAGGUUAGGUCAAAGGAUACCAUUUGCAGCUUUAAAUAUUACCUCUAAUAUUCUAAAUAUACACGUAUUUAAUAUGUAUGAUGAUAUUAUGGCUCACACAUCAUCCACAACCACUGCCAUUAUUUGAAUAUGAGCUUGCGGACUAGACUGACUGCAUAAUCAUCUAAUUUUUAGAAAUCAAACAAUGAUAAGGGAAAAUGUGUGGUGUUGGGUUUUUUUUUUCAGGUAAACUAGUCUCAACCUAUUUAUUUUUCUAGGUGUUUGAAUACUACAUUGCACUUUUUUUCCAGAGAAGACCAUUUAAAACCACACUUACAUAAUUAGGUACAAAUUGCGUAGUGCAAAAUAUUAUAUAUUUUUAAAGGUAAUAUGUUGACCUAUCUAUGCCGAUAUGUUCUUAUAAAUCAGUCCAAAGGAACGAAAUUAUAUCUAAAUUUAUAACUGUAUAUCUGGGGAUAGGCAGCCUGCGGUCUACUUUUUCGCCACUAGAGGGCAGACGUAGCCUUUAUAUUUUCCUGAGAACUUCAACACAGAAUAUUAACUGAACUAAUUUUAUUAUGCAUUUAAACAAUGUAAGAACCAUGUAUAAUUUAUUACUCUAUUACUACUUACUGACUAUAUAUAGUAAAAUGCACCUGAUACGUUUACGUGCAUUUUAUUUGAAAUAAUUAUUGAAAUAAAGUGAAUAAACAGAAAUGAAUUAAACUUUUUUUUUUCCUUCAGCGAUUUAACUCAUAUGCCAUUAAGCAUGUGCUGCAUUUUUAGACCCAACAUUAUUACCCAUGACAGGAUAUGAAGUGUAGGUUGUCAUUACCACUGUGUGAAAUUCCUAAAAAAAGAGUCGGAUUUCUAGUCACCUGACACUCCUUCAUCUAUACAUACAACUAUAUAAGUCAAAUUGCUCUGUAUUGCUCU